GUGGGUCAGUGAGGACGGACGAGGGCAAGGGAGAGAUUCUUGUGCGUUCGUGUUUAUGCCCCUCUAGUGCGGACUCUGCCGUCGAGCCUCGGUGCCCUUUUUACGGAGUCAUGGCGCCCUCUCUCGUUAUAGAGUAAUACCCAUUUUCGACAUUUGUGUGCACUUCGGCUCUGUACGCUAGGAUGUGGUUCGCUGGUGUACGCUAGUAUGUGGCUCGCUGGCUUGUUUGUGGAAGCGCCUCGGUGGAAGAGAGUUUGCGCCUGUGAGCGGCGGCGGUGAGCCUCCCCUUGCCCUCCGUGCUCGCGUCCGCCGCCAGCAUGGAAGUCGUGAACGACGUGCUGAGCGUGAUGCAGGAGGCCGUGUGGACGGAGCUGGAGCGCGACCUGGUCCUUCACGUGGUGGCCUCUCGCUACUCGCACGACCAGCUGCUGCACGCGUGUCAGCUGCUGGUGGACUGGAUCGGGUGGCGGGCGGAGCUGGAGGACGUGGUGCAGACCCUGUUCGAAGGGAAGCACGAGGGCGUCACAUUCCACAGGAGGACGGCCCCUGGCGCGGCGCACGAGAAGGACGCGCCUGCUGGCUCCAGGGACGGCGGCGCGGCGGCGGGGAAUCCUUUGGCGAGGAGCUCGGUGAGCACUGCGAAGAACGAGCCACUCGCGGACGCAAGGAAGUCUCGCAUUCCGAUAUUCAAGCGAGCGCUACCGACGGCCUCCGGCGCCGAGCCCGAGGGACGCCUUGUGGCAGCCACCUCGGCCGAGGCGAAGGAUGAGGGAGGCUGUUCGGCCGCGGAGGCUACGGCAGCCGGAUCUGAAAUACCUUCCACGAAAGAAACGGUGUGUGAGGAUAAUGAACUACGUGCGGGGCGCGAGCACAACGCCGCCACCAACAGAAAUACGAAAAUAAAGUGUGGGUGUUGCGCCAGUGUAUUAGAGGAGCUGUGUCAGGAAAUCAAAAGCGCAAGAUUUUCCGAUUCCGCGUCACAUCCGACGGAUAGACUGUCCUGCAGGAGAGAGUCCUGUAGAACGGUGUGCGACGAGGAGCCUUGCGGUGGCCGGGGUUUGGGAGAUCUUGGAGAGGCAUCCUGCAGCACCUGUUGCACCUCCGAGCCCGCCGAGAUGGAGAUCAGCAUCAAGUCGGCCAUCCCGGAAGGCUGGAUAGUGCUGGAGGGGAGACACGUCGCCAUCCCGCCCGUCACCGUCAAGCUAUGGAAACUGAUCAUUACCUUCUGGGACAUUCUGCCGCAGUUCGUGUGCGCACAGGAAUCGUUCGGCGCCAGCGUUCAAGAGAAGAGUCACCUGCAGAAGGAGGUGAAGGGCAUUAACAUCCUCCUGGAGCAGCUCAGCUUGCGUCUGAACUGGGUGCUGCCGGCGAUCAGGAAGCAGCGAGACCUCCCGCUCAUGUACGAGGCGGACGUGAGCCUGGUGGACGAGAGUCUGGACGAGGACCUGGCGCAUCUGAAGACCUGGGUCGUCAGAGUGUACGAAGAGUGCCUUGUGGGGGAACUGGAUAUUCCCGAUUUGGCGCUCCCUGGUUCGCUGGGCUCGAGGACCGAAUGCGAUUCUCCCCUUAACGUCAGCACUUACUCCGCCGUCUCGCAAGAAACGGAUUAUUUCGACGUGUCGGAUCCGCUCCUGGCCGGCGAGGAUAAAAACAACAACGUCGAUGAAAUGAAUUACAACGACUCGGUCCCCAUUGUGCAGGACGAUCUUCUGUGUUGGCUGUGGCAGGCCGUGAAGGCGGAUAUGGACGACGAACUGACAGUGCAUCUCGUGGCCUCACACUUCACCCUGCAGGAGGUCCACCUGUCUCGGAAUAUUCUAACGUCAUGGGGGUUUUCGUUGCCGUACAUGAAGGGCGUGCGGGGCCUGCUGAUGGAGAUGGUGGGCGCCCUCCGAUUGGUCACCGACGAGAAUAACAACUGUGCCGUGAAAAAGCUUCCCAAGUUCGUAUGCUGUGACGUGACCAACAGGCCCUCCGUGCGCCCCAUGCGGUGGACCUGCAUGAAAAGGGACCUGGAAGUGCUAGGUGAUAUGGCGCAGAAAUUAACCACGCGCAUAUGCUGGCUCCUCCCCGAGGCCCAGCGCUAUUCCGCGGCUAUGGAGGAUGCGAAAAAGGGCUCCCUGGCGCCGCAGUUGUCAGCCGCCAGCAGCACCUUGGCCAACCUGAAGACCAUCCUGGACUGGGAGCUGGGCGCCUCGCACCACCCAGCGCCAGACGCCUGCGCGAGGCCGAGACCCAGUCCGGGCUCGCAGUUCUCGGCCGCCGUCUUCCAGCCCGUCGUCCGGGACUGCAAGGCGGGGAGGGUGCUGCGAGGGGACGUGGUCAGCCUGGGGAAGCUGCACUCUUGGGCAGUCCAGUCAGAGAGCUUCUUGGCGGAGCCAUGGGGCGGGUGGCUCUGGGCGGGACCUCAGGUGUACCCUGGCGUGUCCGUCGCGAGAGAGAGCGACCCUGUGCCGCUGUUGCCAUCCCAGCACGAUGCCACAGAUCUACUGCAUCAUUGUCAGCUUGCUCACAGUUUUGCUGUAGAACCUACAUACACGCACAUCACGACGCCUCAGCCGCCACAGAGACCAUGGCUACCCCUUGCCGAGCCCGACCGAACCAAACCUUCAUGUAUAUUCACAGUGAUGUGCUAUAAUGUAUUAUGUGACAAGUAUGCAACACGACAAAUGUACGGGUACUGUCCGUCGUGGGCUCUGGAGUGGGAGUACCGCAAGAAGGGGAUUAUGGACGAGAUCAAGCACUACCUGGCGGACAUCAUUACACUACAGGAAGUGGAGACAGAUCAGUUCUUCAACUUUUUCCUACCGGAGCUUAAGAGUGAAGGAUACGACGGAAUUUUCUCCCCAAAAUCAAGGGCAAAACACAUGACAGAAAGUGAGCGAAAGUAUGUAGAUGGAUGUGCUAUCUUCUGGAGAACCAGCAAAUUCAGCCUGGUCAAGGAACACCUUAUUGAAUUUAACCAACUUGCUAUGGCCAAUCAUGAUGGAUCGGAAGACAUGUUGAAUCGCGUCAUGACUAAAGACAACAUAGGCCUGGCUGCGCUCCUGGAGACCAAGGAAGCAGCAUGGGAGAAUUCACAAUUGCUGCCAGAUAAAUCCCAAAUCAGCCAGCCUGUGCUAGUAUGUACAGCCCACAUUCAUUGGGACCCAGAGUUCUGCGACGUCAAACUCAUUCAGACAAUUAUGCUGAUGAGUGAAAUCAGACAAAUUAUCACACAAAUUGUCGAGGAUUCACAGCAUAGAUCUCGGUCUGGGCACAAGAUGGAUCCAAACUCCAUUCAGCUUCUCUUGUGCGGAGAUCUUAAUUCACUUCCUGACUCAGGUGUAGUUGAGUUCUUGACAAAGGGAAAUGUGUCGAUGGACCAUGAAGACUUCAAAGGUUUUGGGUAUAAAACCUGCCUGCAAAAGAUUGCUAUGGCCAAGACUAAUAAUUCAUUAGUCAAUUCUAAUUCCAACAUCUACACCCAUUCUUUCAAGCUCUCGGCUGCCUAUGAUUUUAGCAUCAUGGCAUAUACCAACUAUACGUAUGAUUUCAAAGGAAUCAUAGACUACAUCUUCCACAGCAGUGAGACAAUGUCAGCUUUGGGUGUCUUGGGACCCAUUGACACUGACUGGUUUAAAGAUAACAAGGUGUUGGGCUGUCCACACCCUCAUAUACCUUCAGAUCACUUUCCUCUACUGGUUCAACUUGAGAUGCGGCCAGCAUCAGCAUCCAUCAGCCAACCAAAUGGUCUCCUUCACAGGUAGCCUGUGGGAGACUCUCUCUCCACAACCACCAUUACUUUGGGGGGCAGUCCAUUCACCACAGGUCUCACUAGGAGACCUUAGAAUACCAAAUAGUUGCCAGCUCCACAUUGAAAACAAAGCAGGGAUUGAAUAUAGCCAAGUCACCUGCUAACAUUCACCCCUAAAUUACAUAUGGACACCUCAGGGCAGCCAAUAUGUUGUGAUGAUGGAAAAAUGGAAGUGUUAUGUUGAGCCAUGUGUCGGUUUGGUUAAUCUGCAGGGCUGCAAGUAAAAAGGGAGAAAAGACAUCAUCUGGUUGCCAGAGAAAGUUUAGGGCCCUUUUGAUAUGUAUUGUUUCUUGGAACAGUUGCCCUAACACCAUCCAGACCAUUGAGGCCUUGUUAAUGUGUUUUCAGGAGCACACACUACAAGAGCGUUUUGUGUGGCACUGUGACAGAUUUUUUCCCCUCUUCUCUUCCUCCAUAAAUCUAGAUGAUAGUCAAGUUAGGGGUGUCACGGUACAAAAAGCAUUAAGGUACGAGGAUUGUGUAUGAAUGGAUAUAUACUGCAUACUCUGGUAAAUGGGGCUAGAAACUUGUACAAAAAAUAUAGCUAAAAUGUAGGUCUGAUU